AUGUCGGGAAACGCAUCAAAUUCCGGAGAAGUUAAUCCAAGUGUAUCUUCAUCAGUUAGAAGUAGAAGUAAAAAUGCUCCGGAAAAUCGAUCUAAUAUUGGAUGGAAACAUGGAUUUGAUGUUAAUGGUAAUGGAAGAAAAGUGAAAUGCAACUAUUGCUCAAAGAUUGUAAGUGGAGGCAUAUUUAGAUUUAAGCAUCAUCUUGCUGGAACUACAGAAGAUUCAGAACGUUGUGCUUCUGUUCCGGAUGAAAUAAAAAUUUUGAUGAUAAAAAUAGUUGCAGAAGCUAAGAAUGCUUCAUUAAAGAAAAGAAAGAUAAAUAUCGGUGAAGACGAGGAAGAAAGUGAGAGUCUUGAAGGAGGACACAAGGUAUUCGGUUUUAAAGGAAAAGAAAAAGUUGUUACUACUAGUAAGGGGGGAGUUCAAGCAACUAUAAAAAUGAUGAAAAAAGGAUACAAAGAAGAAGUUGAUGCUCAAGUUGCUGAAUUCUUUUACACUAGUGUAAUUCCUUUUAAUGUAAUUAGAAAUCCAGCAUUUGCAAAGAUGUGUGAAAUGAUUGGUAAGUAUGGAGUUGGAUACAAACCACCAUCUUAUCAUGAUAUUAGAGAGAAGCUCUUGAAACAAGCUGUGAAGAAAAUAAAUGCAAAUCUUAAGGAAUAUAAGGAGGAGUGGAAGAAAACUGGAUGUACAAUUAUGUCUGAUGGUUGGACGGAUAGAAAAAGACGUUCUAUUUGCAACUUCUUGGUGAAUAGUCCUAGAGGGACGAUUUUUCUUUAUUCACUUGACACUUCAGACAUUUCAAAAACAGCUGAUAAAGUUUUCAAAAUGUUGGAUGAUGUUGUCGAGUUUGUUGGAGAAGAAAAUGUUGUUCAAGUUGUCACUGAUAAUGCUGCAAAUUUCAAGGCAGCCGGAGAGUUGUUGAUGUAA